AUGUUCUUAGAUGACACUGCUCUUGCUGGUUCAUUAAUUUUUACCUUUCACCCCAUCAAUUUCAUUAGGUUUAUCAACAACUUAGAAACUAGAAACCACACAGCUGUUUCAGAAUUCCUUCUCCUGGGACUGACAGAUGACCCAGCCUUACAGCCCCUAGGCUUCAGCCUAUUUCUGUCCAUGUACCUGGUCACCAUCCUGGGGAACCUGCUCAUCAUCCUGGCUGUCAGCUCUGACUCCCACCUCCAUACACCCAUGUACUUCUUUCUCUCCAAUCUUUCCUUUAAUGACAUCUGUUUAAGCACAAGCAUGAUUCCAAAGAUGCUGGUGGACCUCCAGACACAGAAUCAGAGCAUCACUUAUAAAGACUGCAUCUCCCAGCUCUGUUUUGUCUUGGUUUUUACUGUCUUAGAAAAUUGUCUGCUUGCAGUGAUGGCCUAUGACCGCUAUGUGGCCAUCUGCCAUCCUCUCAGGUACACAGACAUCAUGAACCCCUGCCUGUGUGUACUGCUGACCUUGUUUUCCUUAUUGAUUAGCAUUGUGGAUGCCCUGCUUCACAGUCUGAUGGUGCUGCAGCUGUCCUUCUGCACAGAGCUGGAGAUCCCCCACUUCUUCUGUGAACUUGCUCAGAUUAUCAAGCUGGCCUGUUUUGAUACCUUUAUUCACAACAUCAUUAUAUAUCUGGCAGCUUGCAUAUUUGUUGGUAUUCCUCUCUCUGGAAUAAUUUUUUCUUAUGUUCACAUUGUUUCCUCUGUUUUAAAAAUGUCAUCAUCAAAAGGGAAGCAUAAAGCCUUUUCCACCUGUGGGUCUCACCUGUCUGUUGUCUUCUUAUUCUAUGGGACUGCUUUCGGGGUGUACAUUACCUCUGUGUUUACUGACUCCCCCAGAAAGACUGCAGUGGCUUCAGUGAUGAACACUGUGGUCCCUCAAGUUCUGAACUCCUUUAUCUACAGCCUGAGAAACAGGGACAUGAAGGGGACCUUGACGAAGGUCAUUGGCAGGAUAAUAGAUCAUCUUUAA